AUGCCUGGACAACCUUCGGCGUACGCUCGUGCUCUCAAUGACAUCAGGUCGUACGACUUCACUCCAGUGAGCACUCCCUUGAUCUCCAAACAGGAUGAUGCGAACGGCUGUGUGGAAGAUCUACCGCUCAAGAACGUUGAAGGCCGCUACCUCGCCAAGUUUGUCGUUGACAUGAUCACGGAUGUGAAAUUCUCGGCUGUGGAUUUCGAAGGGCUUGAAGAACGCAUGUUGCAGAACCAAUAUGAUCAGCUUCCGCCUCCAUUUUGUCCCAAAGUAGAGAUCUGCGCUCCUUUCAAGAUGCAGCUUGCUAUCAUCAAGACCAGCAUCACGGACUGCGUUAUCUUGAAGUGCUACACGUUCGAGAACAAGACAAACAUCCGAACCGUCGAGGACAUCGCGUAUGGGACAUUGAAGAUGAUUGAUUUCACACCCAACUUUCGUGCUGGACCAUUGGCCAUUCAGUUGAUGCUCAAGGAGAUGUCGCACUGGCUGGCCUACUACACUCAGAUAUCGCCCAAGCCUCCCAAGGAGCCCAAGCCGAAACAAGAGACUGAUGAUCUUCAAAACGGCUUUGCUUACAUCAAGUCUAACGGGCCGCGGACUAACAUGGGCAACCAGCAGAUCGAAUGGGCAGAGAUUGAAACCAAGCGUGCAGAGAGUCCACUCCAUGGAUGGUCGGCAGGCUUGGUGAAGGAGUGUCUUCGAGGGCUCACAAGUGGUAAUGUCUAUGCGAAAACUGUGGAGAAGUUCUAUCUGACUCUCCACGACCUCUCGGGCUGGCUGUUAGACGAGGUGCUCGUGCAUCUUCUUGGCGAACUGAAGGCGAAAACUCUUGUCUUCCUUGGCCUGGCCGAAAAGGGAAAAACGCCGGCAGCAGAAGCGAUUGCAAUGGCGGUCAGUGAGUAUCACCUGCUCCGAGACAAUCUAGAUCCAACCAUCAGGCCGGGUUUCAGAAUUUGUGCGUCCUUGGAUCAAUUGCGUGGCGAGUCUGGCGAGAAGCAUCGGCCAGACAUUCUGGAUGAUCCAGAUAUGAACACACUGCCGAUUCCCAAGCUCAAGAGUUUUCUUGACAGCACAUUGCUUGAGUGCCACACGGUUGAACGAUGGACAGCCGCUCGGUUCGUGCAACACCAGCUACGUGUGGUGUGUGACAACAAGGUGGACGAGAAUGCAGAACCUGAUGACACAUGCGAUACGACAACAUCCUUCGAGAUUUUCUUUGAGAUGAUCAAGCCAGCCUUCAACGAAAAGGCAAGCAGACAAGACAUCAUGGCAUGCCUCAAACGAGCUCACUUUGUGGUCAACAUGAACCACGCAGUCUUCUUUCGGAAGGCUGGCACUUCGAAAGGGCCCGUCACUCGCGUUCCCUACAUCAAUGGCAACAAGGAUUUCCUCAGCCCUGUUGGCCAGAAGGUGAUUGAUGAUAUGCGCCAAGGCAUUCCAGAUCAGCCUGCGGACUGGGCUCAGAAGCGCCAAUGGUCUCAUGAUCUUAUGUCCAUGCUCACAGAGACACAGCAGAAGCCUGCGCGGACAAGAGUUGUGUUUGAAGCCAACCUCUUCACUGAGAGCUCACAGAGGUACAAUGAGAUCAAACCCGACUUGCCGUUCUCAGGCCGAAUCUGCCCUAAUUUUUUAUGCUCUGAAGAUACACUCUCGAUGCCAGCCAAGUCCACCUCUGUCGCCUCGAUGGCACCUUCAUCGUCGGCGGCACCUUCGCCCUCAGGGAUGGCGCCUUCAUUGUCGGCGGCACCUUCGCCCUCAGGCAUCAUGACAAAGGUGAAAGAGGAGUGUGUUGAAGGAGAAGGUUCGUUUGCCAUGAUGCUUUCGAAUCCAGAUGCGAUUGGAGUCAUUGACUUGGACCCCACUCCACCAUCACCGUCACAUAAGCGAAUGCGUGGCAGUGACGAGAUGGACUAUGAUAGCGAUGACCACAUGCCAUUAGCAGGCGAAGACCCUGAGGAGUGA